AUUUAUAACUUGGUUCGCUCUUGGACUUAUGCCAAUUCGAUUGUUUCGAUUCCAUUCUUAUUUAGGAACAGUUCAGGGAUCAGCCGAUAUCUUCACUUCACUGCCUGAACUGCUUGAACUGCCAGCUCGUUGUGCCACGCUCGCUCCUCAACAUCUAGAAACACCUCAGCACUCGGAUCUCAUAAGCACGACUUUACUGCCCUUGACUGUUCGCGAGGAUUGGAAGCCUCGGCAUGGUCCUAGUCGCGCAUCAAGAGGGGCCUUUUUUUGCACUUCCUCGAGAAUUACGCGAUGAAAUCUACCGGCACCUUUUUUGCAGCCAACGCCAAAUCGAGAUCAAGUACCGAGUAACCGACGAUCUAGGAUGGGGAACUCCCCAGGCUGUGGGGACGCUACCAGUCGACUUUCUACGAACCUGCCAUGAGGCCCUCUCUGAAGCGCUCGAUUUCCUGUACGGCAAAAACGUCUUUAAUCUUCAGUUGACCUCCAGCGAGAGUCUUCAAUUUUUCUGCACUCUGUCAUCCUACUCACUCACAUGCAUUGAGCAUGUAAUCCUUCAACUCGGCGCCGCCUCUUUUACCGUAUGUAAAUUCGUGAGCGACCGUAUGUUCUUACGAACGCUCGCAUCUCCAGACUGGGGUAAUCCGUACUUCAUGAGGAAUCUUUAUUCUUGCUUUUUGUCCGGACAAGUUAUCGAGUUGCGGCUAAGAACCGAUGACAAACUACGGUUGCGCCAUGAACGGAUAGAACACCAAGAGAUCGGCACUAUCAUAGCCUCGACCGUUGAAGAUGUGGUCAAGGCACACGUGCUAAAGACCGAAGGAUUGGGGACCACGCUUCCUUUCAGCCAUGUUUGGGAGUCCGACGAAUGGGAUUAGCUAUUUCGAUAUUACACCAUCCGUAUUGAACAGCCUCUGA